AUGGGGUUCAUUGAGACGCUGUGUAUAGACUAUGAGGACUAUGCUAAAAACAGUCACAUAAAGGGGUUUUCCUCUUUUUUGCUAUACUCUCCUAAACACAUACCUGUUCUCAACGUUAACAUCGAUUAUUUUAUUAGUUGUGAACCAUUGAGUCCCAUAUAUGCCAACCACUUCUUCGCGCGACAAUUCUUUAUUCUCGAGUGUAAAACCGUUGCAAACUAUGUGAGCGCUCAUGAAAACGAGGACUGGGCUCUCAAAUUUAUAUAUUUAUUUACUCUGGAAUUGAAUUUUUAUUAUAAUGUGAAACACAAUAACUCUAAUGAAUUGUUACCCCAUUUGUAUGGACUAGUGAUUGAUGCGAGUGGUGUAGUGGGUGCAGGUCUGGCCAAAGGGAACUACCAGUUUAUGGGAGACUUUGAUGAAUGUCUCGAUGUAAAGGUCACAUUAGAAGGGGACCAAAAAAUACAUGGCAUUACCGGUCAAUAUUGUACGCUAAACCUACCCAUGGAAGCGGUGGUUGGCCGACGAUCAUCCAAAAAUCAAGCAUUGGAUAUCGAGAGCUUACACUUAACCCCCACUAUUGUUUCGUUGAAUACCGGAAUCAAUGUGUCAGUCAGUGAUUGCACCGAUUCUAAUGACAAUCCCAUACAAUGGUAUCACACACUCAUUCUGUGA